AAUAGCACGUGCAAGAACCACAUGUUCAUUCAGUUGACAGCAAGGGCAGAGCACGGACCACCGACACUGCUGCUUGCAAAACUUGGCAUUUAAAUGCAGCCACUAUUGUUUCUUUAACUGUCUUAAUACAUUGUUUUAAGCCUUUUUAUAACUACAGACAGAAACUUAUUUUUGUCUGAGCUUGUCCUUGCACUUGCAGCUGAAGCGUCUGUUUGAAGGUGACAGUUCAUUGAACUUUUGACGGGGGCGACGGAAGUUGGGAUUGCACAUUUAAUUCAAUUGCACAUUGCAUCGGCCACUCCGAGUUCUGAGGCGAGGUUGUGCAAGAACUUUUUCUCGUGAAAGUGUUCGAGCGAAAGCACACCAAUACAUUAAUUUCCCGCUGUUUUGCGGGUUGCGUUGUCGUUGUUUCAAGAUGUCAGACGACUGGGAUGAUGAAGUGUCAGGCAGCACAACAGUGGUUGGUUCAACAUUCACCAAUGGAGGUUCUAAUGGCUUAGGAGGUGCAAGCAAAUGGCAGCCAUCUGGAGUUGCUCCAAGUGGUGGAAGCGCUGGAAGAGGGCGGGGCAGAGGAAGUGGGGGGUUCCUCAGCUCAGCAGGAGCCGGUGGCUUUGGUAGUUCAGAACCUAAAGUAGGAGGUGGCUUCAGAAGUUCAACUACAGCAGAGACCAAUGGCUUCAACGGGAGAGGUGAUGCUAGCUCAGGAUUUGGAGGCUCUAAAGGUCGCAGUGGUGGCUUUGGAGGUGGUGGUGGUGGUGGUGGUGAGUGUUAUAAAUGCCACGAGACGGGACACUUCGCUAGAGAAUGCCCAAACGCAGAUUCCAGUGGAGGAGGCAGAAGUGGAGGAGGAGGGGGUGGUGAGUGUUAUAAAUGCCACGAGACGGGACACUUCGCUAGAGAAUGCCCAAACGCAGAUUCCAGUGGAGGUGGCAGAAGUGGAGGAGGAGGAGGUGGUGAGUGUUAUAAAUGCCAUGAAACCGGCCACUUCGCCAGAGAAUGUCCAAACUCAGAGUCCAAAGGAGGGAGCAAUGAAUGCUACAAAUGUCACGAGGAAGGACAUAUGGCGAGGGAUUGCCCCAACUCAGAAUCUAAAGGAGGCAGGCAAGGUCUGCGCUUUAAGCCUAGAAAGCCUGGACCUGCAUCGAGAUUUACCUCUCUGAUGGGAUUCAGUGGUGGUCUUGGUAUCGGUAGAGGCCGUGGCGGCAGUGGUGCAUGCUUCAAAUGUCAAGAGACUGGACACAUGGCCAGAGAUUGUCCAAAUGCUGAAGCCAAUCCAGACGGAGAAGCUCGGCCACCACCUUCAACCUACAUUCCCCCUGAGCCUUCCCAGGAUGAGAGUGAGUCAUAUGAAUUCAUGCAACGUGGAAUCAACUUUGACAAGUAUUAUGAUAUCCCAGUUGAAGUCACAGGUCGUGAGCCACCUAAAUGUAUAAACAGCUUUGACGAGGCCCAGUUGUCACCUGAAGUUAGGAAAAAUGUGACCAAGGCUAAGUACGACAGACCAACGCCUGUACAGAAAUAUGGUAUCCCAAUUAUCAACAGUGGUAGAGACCUGAUGGCAUGUGCUCAGACUGGCUCAGGAAAAACAGCUGCUUUCCUUCUACCCAUCAUCACUGGCAUGCUGAAUAAUGGAAUCACAGGCAGCUCCUUCUCAGAUUUCCAAGAACCCCAAUGCAUCAUCGUCUCUCCAACCCGUGAGCUGACUAGCCAGAUUUACAAGGAGGCUUAUAAGUUUGCCAGAGACACCAUUCUACGUCCUGUGGUUAUCUACGGUGGUACCAGCGUGAGUCAUCAGCUGAAGGAGGUAGAGAGGGGAUGUCACCUCCUAGUGGCUACCCCUGGACGCCUCAUGGACUUCAUCAACAGAGGAAAGAUCAAGGUCAACAAUUGCAAGUUCUUAGUUCUUGACGAGGCUGAUCGUAUGCUGGACAUGGGUUUCGGUCCUGAGAUGGAGAGACUUAUCUACAUGCCAGACAUGCCUAAGAAGGGAGAGAGGCAGUGCCUCAUGUUCAGUGCUACAUUCCCUAAUGAGGUACAAGAGAAAGCUGCAGAGUAUCUCCAAGAUUACCUCUUCCUGACAGUGGGUCGAGUAGGUGGGGCUGCCUCUGAUAUUACACAGACCGUCUUGGAGGUUGGGCAGUAUAAUAAGAAGGACCAGCUACUGGCGUUGCUGCAGGCACAAGAUGCUACCGACCGUACAUUGGUGUUUGUUGAGACUAAGCGUAGCGCUGACUUUCUGGCUUCCGUGCUUAGCCAGUCUGAAUUUCCAACAACAAGUAUUCAUGGUGAUCGUGAGCAGCGUGAACGAGAAGAAGCUUUAGCAGAUUUCCGUUCCGGCCGAGCCCCAGUUCUUGUAGCCACAUCAGUAGCAGCCCGUGGUCUAGAUAUACCCAACGUCAAACAUGUAGUCAACUAUGACCUACCAUCCGGUAUUGACGAGUAUGUUCAUCGUAUUGGCCGAACUGGACGUGUUGGAAACCUCGGCAAGGCUACUAGCUUCUACGACCCCUCUAAGGAUUCUCAAAGUGCUCGCGCAUUGAUAAAGGUUCUAGCUGAUGCUCAACAAGAAGUACCGGAGUUCUUGGAAAAUGCAGCUGACUCUGCCGUAGGAACCUUCCAUGGUAACGCUGGUGGUAGCUUCGGUGGCCGAGACACAAGGAAGCAAUUUACUGGUCGUGGAGGUGGUGGCGGAGGGCGAGGAGGUGGUCAAGAUGACUGGGGGUCUGGUGGGGGUGGAGGAGGAGGAGGCUUUAGUGCUGCAGCUGAUAACGGAGGUGGAGAUGAGGAAUCUUGGGAUUAAAGAAGCAAACCACAGACCCAUCUGGAACAACUUUUCAUCGUUACUGGAUUGGGACUCUGUCCUUGAAAUCACCUUCUUUCCCCAAAUGGUCUUCUUGUUGAACUGAACUUUUACCCAAAUCAGCUGAAGAAAGCUUUACUUUGACGUCCUUAAAAAAAAGAUUAAGAAAAAGUGCCAUAACAUUCCAGAUUUUGUAGAUUGUUUUCUAUUAUAUUGCUUUGUGUUAUUUUCUAUGCUUCCCUGUUGGAGAUUUCAAGCUUCACAUUGAGUUAAGAAGCUCCACCCCUUCAAGACAUGGCUGAACAUCAUAUUGUGUGUAAAGCUAGACAAGGGAUUCGCCGUCUGACACACUGUGUAGUAAAGACUUCCCUGUUAAGUUUACAAUAACGAGGAAUUAAGUUGUUUUUGUAAAUAGACAAUCAUCAACAAUGAAAGAUUUGUUAGUUUGCAUCAAUAGACGUGAAAGAGCAUGGAGAAGACAAACCAAGCUUUUUAAAAGUUUUCCUUGAGAAGCAAAAUCUUUUAGAGAAAAAAAUAUCAAAAACCAGGCAAAAUACAGAGCGAGUAGAGUCUAAGAUGUUGAAAUCAUGAGGAGCGGAUCCUUGACUCGUCAACACAUUAAACUUGCUGGCAACUGGAGUAGACACCAGACUGGAGGCAUGGAACGACCCCAUCACAAUUUAUGAAGAAAGCAACAUGUUGAAAAAUCUGCUCCUGUUUUUAGAGAGGGAAGAAAGCUGAUCUACCUGAGGCCAAAAUGGUUGGAAAGUUGUUACAAAUUUACAGCUUUUUAAAAAAGGAAUAUGAAAAGUCGGCAAUAUUUGAACCAUCUUGCCUGAUACCUGUAUUUUGAUUUUAAGGAAAGUCUGCAAAUGUAAGAUUCGAUUUGGGUGAUACUUUGAUAUUUUGAAGACCUUUUAGUUUGCAUCCGCAGUGCGUGCAAACCAUAACUCAUUGAACCAGCAUAGAGCUCUUUAAGACUUGAUUUUAAUAAUGUUUCAAAGUUUUGAAACAUGAAGGCUGAAAGAUAAAUGGGGAAAAAAAUGGUGCUUUUAAAUCCUUGUUUUUUCUACCUUGUAAAUAUGUAAAGCUAGACAACCAAAUUGCCUCUUAAAUGGUGGGCCUGGAAUGACUUCCAACAGCAAUAUUCCACUUUCUUAAAAGACUGUUCCACAACUGCUCCAAAAGUUUGUUUACCUGUAAUGAGGAAAGACUUGAACAAUGCUGCUGGGAAUCGAGCCCUGAAGUUUGGAAGAGCUUGACCCUGCUCAAAUAUGUGUCACCUCUGCAAUGGUAUUUGAAUUGUGAAGGACUUGACCAUCUGCACAAGUACAUAUAUUCGACCUCUGCAAAUGUAUUCGACCCCUGAAAUGAUUAGGGCUUGACCUUUGACCUGUAUUCGACCUAUAAGUGCGUAGUGGAUACCUCUGCAACGUAUGUGAUGUCAACAGUGUGUGACCUUUAACUUGAUGUCAGUAUUAACUAGUGACCUCUAUUGAGGAGCUUGACCUCUGCUGCUUGAGCUUAUGUGACCUCGGUGUGACCUCUGUAUUCUUUCUCUUGAAAGUAUUGCCAAAAAUGAUGAACGUUUUGAGUCGUCAAAAUCAUGAGGAGUGUGUUCUACCAGCUGAAGGAUCUAAGACCAUUGGUCCAUUGAUAGUAAUGUGACCUCUGUCUGGAACUGUGAUUGGUCAUCUGCUUGCCAGUCCUGUAAGCUUUUCGCAUCUGACUCAACUGCCGCCUAUUUGCCAAAAAAAAGAGACUUAUAUUUGAAACUUUUAUUAUUGAAAAACGAAAAACUGAAAAACAAAGUAUAACAUUUAAAGUUUAUAAGUUCAUAACAUCUAAUCAUAAAACUUAUUUUGUAUCACUUGAAUUUAUAUUUUUUUCAUUGAUAUAGUUAUGUUCCCUUUAUUUCAUCCCUUAGAAAGCACAGUACAUUAUUUUGUAAUUGUCUUUUAUUGUUGUGCACAGUAGUUUGUCUUACUUUAUUUUAUUUUUAAGUCGACUUUGAUCAAGCUCUUUACAUCUUUUGACAAUGAAGUCUUUGGCUUUGGCCUUCGUGUUUGUUGUUGCUGUAGGGUUUGAUUGGCCUAUAUUUCACAGAGGCAAUGAAGGGGAUUUACAAUGUCUCAGAGGGUGACCUUUGCUGAGGACACAAUUCCUUGGUGCCCUUGCCGUUUCAAAAGACAGAUAUUCUUAUCAAAUAAAGAAAGUUUCAGAUUUUGUCUUGUACUUUGAAGAAAACAAAAUUUGUUGGCUUCCUUGGUGCUAAGAUUGUACAAUAAGGAUGCUGGCAGGUUGUGAGAUCGUUAAGUUGUGCCUUGGUAUGCAUGUAGUCCGUGUAGUGUUUAAAUGAUGGAAAGAGCUGGAUUGGAGUGUGACGUUAUUUGCAUGAUGUACUUAAUGUAUUGUGGAUGGGUUUGAUUCUUGUACUUGCAGUUGGCUUUGACAACCAGGGUGACUGUUUUUCGGUCAUUUACGUAUGGCAUGAAAUAUUUUUGCCCCUUUUUAUUUGAAGCGGUUGACAUGUUUCUAUAAAGCGAAAAUUGGGUUAACUAAUUUAGAAAUAAUCGGGACCAUUUAUUAUCUUAGGAAUGUUUCUUGCAUGUUUUGUGAGUACUUUUUCAGAAUGGUAUUUCACAGACAUGAUAAAUUGCCAAAAUGUUAACAACCCGUUCAUAGAGAAAUUGAGAACUUUGAGAGGAUCUGAUUAUUGACUUUUCCAAUGAGCCAUUUGUGGGUUGGAUUUGAAUAAUGUCUGGUUCAAUGAUUUUCUUCGUCACAAGCAGCACUUAACUUUGAAUUUGACUAAAGAGACGGUUGCUAUGGAGGACACGCUUUUGCAUAGCAACCUCCAGAUAAGCAAACCCUGGUAACAUUGUGUCAUACUCGAUCAUUCAGUGAUGUGUAUGAGUGUACACUGUCUCUAGUGGAAGGAAACGAAGCUUGCCCCAAAUCGAGUUAUUUUUCUUGCAGUCUGGGGAAUUCAAAAUUAUGUAAUCAGCGUGUGAUUAUAGUAAGUCAUUGAACUAGACAUACAAAAGACUCAUUUGUAAGUUGCAUGUCUGAACGUUUCAACCCAUAAGGAAACAAUGUCACAUAUUGCUGCAGAGCAGGGUGCAUUUAUUAAACUCAAACCUUCGGUUGACUCAACAAGUACAUGGUUACCCUCUUUGUUUAGAAUAGACCUUUUCCAUAACUUCAGAUUUUGUUAGAUUUGUACUUGUGCACCAACAAAAACAUGAACAUAAAUUCCUUUUAGAAACUAGUACAACUUAUAAAAAUACAAAAGUGCAACAAAAAAAAACAGCUGGCUUUGACAGGUACCAGUUGAGCCUUAAGUGUUCAUUGUUUAUUGUUUAUAGUGAUAAAAGUUACUAAUGUUUUGGAUGUACGUUAGGGAGGCUAACCAUCUGCUACUUUCUUGUUGCAUUCUUGAAUUUUAAUAAAAGUUUGCCAUAUUCGAA